CUUCUCAUAAUGACGUCGAAAAACCCACGUACCCCACGCAUCAACGCAGUGUGCGUACAGUAAAGCGGAAGAAAUCAUGGCUGAACUAGACAUCGGCAAACAUUGCAAAGUCACGGCUUGUAACCAAAAAGACUUUUUGCCCUUUACUUGUGAUGCGUGCUCUGGUGUUUUCUGCGUGGAACACAGAACUCGUGAAUCACAUUCAUGUCCUCAGCUGAAUGUUCAACGUGAGGUGACUGUUUCAGAGGGUAACGUUAGCAACUUAUACCAAUGUGCAUUUCAGGAUUGUAAAGGCAGAGAACUGCUGCCAGUCAUCUGCCCCCAUUGUGAGAAGAACUUCUGUCUUGCACAUCGACAUCAAGAUGACCACAAGUGUGAAAAACUUGAGACACAGAAACCGCGAAUGGCAGCCACAAAGGAGCUGGUUCAAAAGAUUGUUGAAUCAAAGAAGAAUACGCCGUCGAGUGGUCGUCGUAAAGGAGCGAAGAACAGCGCAACAGCAGCAAAGGUUGCACUAAUGAAGUUAAAAAUGCAUGCAUCUGGAGAUAAAGCAAUACCACAGACGGAGAGAGCCUAUUUUCAAGUUUUCUUGCCUAAAGAAUCCAAAGACCGCUCUGUGUCCAUGUUCUUCUGCACUAAAUGGACUAUAGGGAAAAUGAUUGACACGGCUGCUUCGCAGGCUGGCUUGAAGAACAACAACAACGUGCUAACAGCCAAGAAGCUACGGUUGUGUCAUCCUGAGACAGGUGAAGCCCUCAGAAUGGAUGUUACUCUGCUCUCUCUACUUGAACAAGAACUUCCACUACAUAAUGGAGGCAAUAUGAUCUUGGAGUACCUAGACAGCGGGUGCACUAUGUUGGAUGAUGUAGGAGCAUACAUUCAAACACCAUAAGAUCUCCAUCUUCAGUGCUGAUGUCUUAGAAUUGGAAGUUGUUAUUACCCUGAAAAUCUCUGUUGAGACUUUAUUUUCAAUGUUUAAGUUCAAAAUGCCCAUUAAUGUAUGUUAUUUUACAUAUUGAUAAUAAUAAUGUGUUAAGAUACA